UGGGUGACGUCACUUCCGGGGCGGAGAAGGCUGAGUGGUGCAGUGAGGGACAAACAAAAGGAGGCGCCGGAGGGGCGCCGCGGCCGGUGGCGGGACUGUGCGGCAGGGGCCCCGGGGCUGCCUGCUGGGCGGCCGGACGCGGCGGGCCCAGGGAGGCAGCUCCAUGGAACGAAAGAGAUGCCAGGACCCUGCCCGGACAGAAGGGGGCCAGCCUCAGCACCGGCAGCCAGCACGCAGAUAGCAGAGCCGUCCCCGGGGUGGAACCAUGAUUCCGGUGACAGAGCUCCGCUACUUCGCGGACACGCAGCCGGCGUACCGGAUCCUGAAGCCGUGGUGGGACGUGUUCACCGACUACAUCUCCAUCGUCAUGCUGAUGAUCGCAGUCUUCGGGGGCACGCUGCAGGUCACCCAGGACAAGAUGAUCUGCCUGCCUUGCAAGUGGGUCACCAGGGACUCCUGCAACGACUCCUUCCGGGGCUGGGCGGCCCCCGGCCCGGAGCCCUCCUACCCCAACUCGACUGUCCUCCCGAUGCCUGACGCGGGCCCCACCGGCAUCCGGUACGACUUGGACCGGCACCAGUACAACUACGUGGACGCCGUGUGCUACGAGAACCGCCUGCACUGGUUUGCCAAGUACUUCCCCUACCUGGUGCUGCUGCACACGCUCAUCUUCCUGGCCUGCAGCAACUUCUGGUUCAAGUUCCCGCGCACCAGCUCGAAGCUGGAGCACUUUGUGUCCAUCCUGCUCAAGUGCUUCGACUCGCCGUGGACCACGCGGGCCCUGUCGGAGACCGUGGUGGAGGAGAGCGACCCCAAGCCGGCCUUCAGCAAGAUGAACGGCUCCAUGGACAAGAAGUCGUCGACGGUCAGCGAGGACGUGGAGGCCACCGUGCCCAUGCUGCAGAGGACCAAGUCUCGCAUCGAGCAGGGCAUCGUGGACCGCUCGGAGACCGGCGUGCUGGACAAGAAGGAGGGGGAGCAGGCCAAGGCGCUGUUUGAGAAGGUGAAGAAGUUCCGGACCCACGUGGAGGAGGGCGACAUCGUGUACCGCCUCUACAUGCGGCAGACCAUCAUCAAGGUGAUCAAGUUCAUCCUCAUCAUCUGCUACACUGUCUACUACGUGCACAACAUCAAGUUCGACGUGGACUGCACCGUGGACAUCGAGAGCCUGACGGGCUACCGCACCUACCGGUGCGCCCACCCGCUGGCCACGCUCUUCAAGAUCCUGGCGUCCUUCUACAUCAGCCUGGUCAUCUUCUACGGCCUCAUCUGCAUGUACACGCUGUGGUGGAUGCUGCGCCGCUCGCUCAAGAAGUACUCCUUCGAGUCCAUCCGCGAGGAGAGCAGCUACAGCGACAUCCCCGACGUCAAGAACGACUUCGCCUUCAUGCUGCACCUCAUCGACCAGUACGACCCGCUCUACUCGAAGCGCUUCGCCGUCUUCCUGUCGGAGGUGAGCGAGAACAAGCUGCGGCAGCUGAACCUCAACAACGAGUGGACGCUGGACAAGCUGCGGCAGCGGCUCACCAAGAACGCCCAGGACAAGCUGGAGCUGCACCUGUUCAUGCUCAGCGGCAUCCCCGACACCGUGUUCGACCUGGUGGAGCUGGAGGUGCUCAAGCUGGAGCUGAUCCCGGACGUGACCAUCCCGCCCAGCAUCGCCCAGCUCACCGGCCUGCAGGAGCUGUGGCUGUACCACACGGCGGCCAAGAUCGAGGCGCCCGCCCUGGCCUUCCUGCGCGAGAACCUGCGGGCCCUGCACAUCAAGUUCACGGACAUCAAGGAGAUCCCGCUGUGGAUCUACAGCCUGAAGACGCUGGAGGAGCUGCACCUGACGGGCAACCUGAGCGCCGAGAACAACCGCUACAUCGUCAUCGACGGCCUGCGCGAGCUCAAGCGCCUCAAGGUGCUGCGGCUCAAGAGCAACCUGAGCAAGCUGCCGCAGGUGGUCACGGACGUGGGCGUGCACCUGCAGAAGCUGUCCAUCAACAACGAGGGCACCAAGCUCAUCGUCCUCAACAGCCUCAAGAAGAUGGUGAACCUGACGGAGCUGGAGCUGAUCCGCUGCGACCUGGAGCGCAUCCCGCACUCCAUCUUCAGCCUCCACAACCUGCAGGAGAUCGACCUCAAGGACAACAACCUCAAGACCAUCGAGGAGAUCAUCAGCUUCCAGCACCUGCACCGCCUCACCUGCCUUAAGCUGUGGUACAACCACAUCGCCUACAUCCCCAUCCAGAUCGGCAACCUCACCAACCUCGAGCGCCUCUACCUGAACCGCAACAAGAUCGAGAAGAUCCCCCCGCAGCUCUUCUACUGCCGCAAGCUGCGCUACCUGGACCUCAGCCACAAUAACCUGACCUUCCUCCCCGCCGACAUCGGCCUCCUGCAGAACCUCCAGAACCUGGCUGUCACGGCCAACCGGAUCGAGGCGCUGCCCCCGGAGCUCUUCCAGUGCCGGAAGCUGCGGGCCCUGCACCUGGGCAACAACGUGCUGCAGUCACUGCCCUCGCGGGUGGGUGAGCUGACCAACCUGACCCAGAUCGAGCUGCGGGGCAACCGGCUGGAGUGCCUGCCCGUGGAGCUGGGCGAGUGCCCGCUGCUCAAGCGCAGCGGCCUGGUGGUGGAGGAGGACCUGUUCAGCACGCUGCCGCCCGAGGUGAAGGAGCGGCUGUGGAGGGCCGACAAGGAGCAGGCCUGACCCGCGCCGGGACCACCGAGGGGGCCUCUGGCCCAGGAACCCAGGAACCCCGGGACGGCCACCCCGGCCUCUCGGCCAGGGCAGGAGCCCGGGCGUGGACGUGAGCGGAGCCAGGGCGGCAGGACAGUGCCUGAGGGGGCUGGCCCCUUUCUCCCCCUGAGACUCGGCCCCCGGGGCGGGCGCCUGCUGGGGAGACCGGAGACCUGUAAUCUGUCUGGGAGGCGGCAGCGCUGCGUUGGGACGGCAGGCCUCCUCCCGGGAGGCCCGCUCUGCCCCAAGGCCCAGGACGGCUCCUCCGUAGCUCUUGGUAUUUAUUUCUCUCCGCCUCCCGCCCCUCCCUCCUGAUAACCGACACAUUCCCCAGAAAGCUCAGCUCCAGUGGGGGUGUUUAGGGAAGGGUGGGCUGCUCUGCUCUUCCUUGAGCGGGGAUGCCGGCCGCCUUCACGGCCACGCAGCCCGGAGCGGAGCGGCCCCCGCGGUGCCGGUGCCGGGCUGGGCAGUGUUGGCGGCGCGGCCCGUGGGAGAGCAGCCCGCCAGGUGGAAAGGCCGGGCCUGGGGCUCGCCUCGUCCGUUUUAGAAUUUUUUUUUUAAGUAAGAACUUUUUUUAAGCUUUGAAAAUGGAAGGUUUGGGUAUUAAAAAAGAAAAAAAAAAACUUAAAAAAAAAAAGCCCAAAGACACUAACGGCCAGUGAGCUGGAGUCUCAGGGUGGGUGCAGGCGGCAGGACCCUGAGCUGCGAGUCCUUCCCCCAGGGAGUUCCGUCGUCCGUCCCUCUGCUCCCCGCGGUGGGGACUUCUGUUUUGUUUUCGGUGUCUUGUUUUCCUUCUCCUCCAUGUGUCUUGGCAGGCGCUCAUUUCUGUGGCUGUUGGCCAAAGGGAAUGUUCUGGAGCUGCCAGCAGGGGAGGAGACUUGGGCUGGCCAGUCCCCGGGCAAGCAGCGCUGUCCUCCCUGUCCCUCGUCACAGUGUUAAGGAGCCAAGAGGAGCUGCCUCGCCUGGACUCUGCUCUCCCACCCCCUGUGUCCCCAGCUGCCCUCAUCCGCCGGGUCACCCCGGGGUCCCUCAGAGCCCGCGGCGGGAGGCGGGGCCGCCGGUGGGGAGGCGGGCCCUGGGGAAGCGGGCCGCCCCGGGUCUGGGCUCCGGUCUCCGUCCCCGGCGCCUGGUGGUGAGAAGCCACCGCGCUUCAGACCAGUCACCCGGGUCCCCGCCUUAGGUCAGCCACUUGCACACUAAGGCACGUUUUAGCGUCUCUCGUCUUCAUGAUUUUGUCCACUCGUCCUUCCGUGUUCUCUGCGGCGUGUCAUCCAAUGUGACCCUCAGAAAUCGCGCACACUAGCCCCUGGCGGCCGUGAAGCAGUCCGUUACGUGUGGGUCCGAACCUGUAGACUCGAGCAUCAAAUAAACCUGCCACAGAAA